GUUCGUCAAGAGUUGUGUUCAAUUGAUGCGAAUGCGUCUGCGAUGAAAACAAUUGAUAGCGGUCUAUUUGCAUUGUGUUUGGACUCAUUGGAUUCAAGCGAUCCUCAGACCCUGAUCCCAAAUCUUCUCUACGGUGACAAUGCUUCAAAUAGAUGGUUCGACAAAUGUUUUCAGUUGAUAGUGGAUGCUCGUGGACAGUCGACAAUAAAUUUCGAACAUUCGUGGGGCGAUGGAGUGGCGGUUUUGAGGUUAAUGGAAGAAUCAUAUCGUGACACAACUCGCAAUCAUUUCGUUGAUCCAAAUCAGCAGGUUGAUCAAGACAUUCAUAUCGAGAAACAUUGUCGACCGAUUGAGUUCACUUUGAGCGAUUCAUUGAAAGGUGCUGUAUCUGAUGCUCAGUCGAAGCAUCUCGCCAACGGUUCAUCACUUCAGUUCGGAAUAGUGGAAUAUUUCGGAAUGACACGAGAUUCGCUAAAGAAGGCAAAGUUAUCGCCCGAUGCAAUGAUGCAGCUAGCAAUUCAAUUAGCAUUCCAUCGACUCUAUAAAGAUUUUGUACCAACCUAUGAAUCAUGCAGCACUGCCGCCUUCUUGAAGAGCACUCUCUGA